UGUAAACCUUCCGUGUUAUCUGUAUUGAAAUUUAUUUGAUUUAGGACUGCUUUUUGACGCGUAUUUAAAUUGUACUCAGAGAAUAUAGGAUGUCACGCAAAUGGUGGAACAGGAUCUGAGAAGGUGCUGCUACAUGUACUGUUUGAACAUGCGUCCGGCUAUGCCCUGUUUGCAGUCCAGGAGGUGGAGGAAAUAGCGAUGUUGCUUCCACAGGUUGAAGAAAGUGUGCUGAACAUUGGAAAAUUUAACAACAUAGUCAGGCUGGCAGCGUUUUCACCCUUCAAGUCUGCCCAGAGUGCCUUGGAGAACAUGAAUGCUGUUUCUGAAGGUAUUGUACAUGAAGACCUGAGGCUAUUGCUUGAGACCAACCUUCUGGCGGGUAAGAAAAAGAAAGCCAUUUUAGGCACUUCUGAUGCUAAAAUCGGUGCAGCAAUCCAGGAGGAGUUGGGUAUUACAUGCCAGACUGGUGGUGUAGUGGCUGAACUAAUAAGAGGUAUUCGACUUCAUUUUCACUCCUUGGUGAAGGGCUUGACAUCUCAGUCUGCCUCUAAAGCACAGUUGGGUUUAGGGCAUAGCUACUCGAGAGCUAAAGUAAAGUUUAAUGUAAAUCGUGUGGAUAAUAUGAUUAUCCAGUCCAUCAGUUUACUGGAUCAGCUAGACAAGGACAUAAACACGUUUGCUAUGAGAGUCAGGGAAUGGUACGGUUAUCACUUCCCUGAGCUGAUAAAGAUUGUGAGUGAAAACUAUACUUACUGCCGUGUUGCCAAGUUCAUUGGAAACCGAAAGGAGCUGAAUGAGGAGAAGUUAGAGGAGCUGGAGGAAAUUGUGAUGGACAGUGCCAAGUCACGGGCUAUUCUUGAUGCAGCCAGGAGCUCCAUGGGAAUGGAUAUUUCACCCAUUGAUCUAAUUAAUAUUGAGAGUUUCUCUAAUCGUGUCGUAUCAUUGGCAGAGUAUAGAAAGGGGCUUCAGGAAUAUCUUCGGUCCAAAAUGAACCAGGUUGCUCCUAGUCUGUCUGCGCUCAUUGGGGAAGUGGUGGGUGCUCGUCUCAUCUCUCAUGCCGGUAGCUUGACAAAUCUGGCCAAGUACCCAGCAUCUACAGUACAGAUCUUGGGCGCCGAAAAGGCAUUAUUCAGAGCACUGAAGACCCGGGGUAACACUCCCAAAUAUGGCUUAAUCUUCCACUCGACUUUUAUUGGCAGAGCAGCAGCCAAGAACAAGGGCCGUAUUUCACGGUAUCUUGCCAACAAGUGUACCAUUGCAUCCAGGAUAGACUGCUUUUCAGAAAUACCUACGAGUGUCUUUGGUGAUAAGCUUAGAGAACAAGUAGAGGAGCGUCUUACAUUCUAUGAAACUGGUACAGCACCGCGCAAAAAUGUGGAUGUGAUGAAGGAAGCUGUUACUGAGGCUAUGGAGGUAACAGCAGAGAUAAAGAGAAAAUUGGAGAAAAGGGAAAGGAAAAGAAAGAAGAAAGAAAAACUAAGGAUGGAGGCCUUGGCUGCAGCUGCGGAGGAGGAGGAAGCAGCAGAGGAACCUAUUAUAAAGAAGGGUAAAGUGGUCCUUGAGGAAAAUGAGGAGGCUGGGGUAAAAAGGAAAAAGAAAAAGCAUGAAAAUGUAGAAGAUGCUGAACAGGAUCGUGCAGAGAAUGGAGUAGAGCUGGAAGGUACAGCUUCAUCACUACCAGUUAAAAGGAAAAAGAAACAAAAAGAAUCCCCGGAAGCAGAAGAUGUGAGUAGAAGUUAAAUGUCUGUUUGUAGGAUAAAUUGCCAUUUGCUAGGUAGGCACUAUUUGUGCAGAUUUUAAUUUACAAGGAUGCUAAUGCAAUAUGUUGUGUUUAAAAUAACCAAGCUAGCCAAAGCACAAUUUUUUUCAGAAGAUAUUGGAGGAGAA